GUGAUGACAACUUCCUGCUACGACUACAUAAGGUUUUAACAUGGCAGAUUCAACACUAGAACAAGUAGCACCAAUAGAUGCAGAAAAUGGAACAUCUGUUAAUGGAACUAAAAUACCCGCUACACCCGAGGGAAUGGCCAUCGCAUAUGGUAGUUUGUUUCUCAUGGCAAUAGUUCCAAUUUUUAUUGGUUCAUUUCGAUCUGUAACAUUCCAUAAGGAACAAAAGGAUUCCGGAGAAAAACCAGAGACUAUGACUCAUAAGGAUGCAGCUAUGUUUCCUAUUAUAGCAAGCUGUGCGCUCUUUGGAAUCUACAUUGUUUUUAAAAUAUUCUCUAAGGAAUACAUCAACUUGUUGCUGACAGCAUAUUUCUUCCUUCUUGGUGUUCUAGCAUUAACUCACAUUGUUGGACCUAUCAUCAGCAAACUAAUCCCACCUUCCUUUCCAAAUAAAGACUACCAUUUGAUUCUAACACAAGGAAAAGGGGAUAAAAAAGAAGAUCUGAUGAAUUAUGAGUUUGACAGAAAAGAUUUAGUCAGUUUGGGACUUUGUGCAGUCUUUGGUGUCUGGUAUCUUUGGAAAAAGCAUUGGAUAGCCAAUAAUCUUUUUGGCUUGGCUUUCUCCAUUAAUGGUGUGGAGUUAUUGUCCUUGAACAGAGUCAGCACUGGGUGCAUUCUUCUUGGUGGACUUUUCAUCUAUGACAUCUUCUGGGUCUUUGGAACCAAUGUCAUGGUAACUGUGGCAAAAUCAUUUGAGGCCCCAAUAAAGUUGGUGUUCCCUCAAGAUCUGCUCCAGCAUGGUCUGGCUGCUAACAAUUUUGCUAUGUUGGGUCUUGGUGACAUUGUGAUUCCAGGGAUUUUCAUUGCAUUAUUGUUACGUUAUGAUGUUAGCUUGAAAAGGAACAGCAAUCUCUACUUUUAUGCUGGCUUUGUAGCUUACUGCCUGGGAUUGGGAACAACAAUAUUUAUAAUGCAUUUCUUUAAACAUGCCCAGCCUGCAUUGUUGUAUCUGGUCCCAGCCUGUCUUGGUAUACCCACUGCUCUUGCCCUAGUCAAAGGAGAUAUUAAGUCAAUGUUCAGCUAUGAAGAUCAUGCUGAGCAACCCACCAAAGAAGAAACCUCAAAGACUAAAUAAUGAAGAUGGUCCUAGAUGCAAAUGGCCAAUAGUUAAAAUAAUUAACUGUUAAAGACAAUGUCUUUAGAACAGUAUAUUUGUGCAUAGAAGGAAAACAUUCAAUCAAAAACAGAAAUGAGUCUUAACUUUAAGUGAAUAACUUUUUUGUGUAAAAUUCUAAAAGCCUAGUUCUAAAUUUAAUGGAUUUAGCAUUAAUUCUAAAUGCUAGUCAGAGCAAAGGAAAAUAAGUACCUUAUAUUUAAUGAUUUUAACAUGAUCUUUUUUUUAUAUAUAUAUAUAUAUUUAGCUUACUGCUUUGAAUAUAUCAAAAACCAUCUUUAUCUAUUUACAUCCUUAAAAGUUUUAUUGAUGUGCAAAUUCUAUGGCUGUGGUCAGGAAAUUGUAUUUAAAGACAAAUCAGUCAAGACAAAUGUGCUAAUAUUUUGGGGAGAAGCACAACUUAAGUCUAGACAUUGUGAAUGAUAUUUUCUUUGAGUUUAUGUCCCAGUUACAUUCUCAUCUUUUGUUUUACAAAUCUUUAUCCAACUUAGUCAUUGUGGUCAAUUUCAUUCAACACUUAAAAAAUAUAAUUUGAAUACACUCAUCUAAUCAAACCCAUCUAUUCCUUUGCAGAAACUCCUUGAUAAGUAACAGCACAAACAAUACACAUUUCAGAUAGUUCAACUGUUAAAUGUCAACUGUUAAAUGUAUUUUACAUAGUAACAAUCUCUGUUCUUAUUUUCUGAUUAGAGUAUGACACCCAUAAAACAUAGGCUAGACUAAGAUAAGGAAAUGAAUCAAAACUUGAUAGCAAAUCUACAUUGUAGUUGUGUACGGCACACACAAGAAUUAGGAAGAAAUGUGACUUCAAAAAUAAUUGGUUCAUGGAUUAGUUUCCUGAUAGUUUAUUAGUCUUUGGCUGUAAGACAUCUUGUAUCCUAAUUUGACAAACAUGACUAAUAAAUUAUUUGUUAAGAAAUAAAAAAAUAACUUAGCCAAAUGUUUCUUUUCUCUUAUAUUUGUUUUGGUUUCAGACUAUGAAGACUGCAUUUAUGAUUUACUUAUGUGUUUUUAUUGUUUGUUUUACAAUUGGAACCAAUCUAAUCACUUCAAAUCAGUGUUUCCCAAACUGAACACUUCACUUACUGAGUAUUUAACAGAACACUUUGCUUAUUUUUGAGAGAGAUUAGUUAGUUCACAUGGUGGCCUGCUAGUUAAUUAUUCCAGUAGUUGGGAACAUCUAUUCAGGGAACACAGUUUGGGAAACACUGAUUUAAAUUUUAAAGUGUUGGUUUUGCCAACAUGGUACAUAUGACUAUAAUGUUCAAUUGUAAAAUAAGAUACAUUUUCUGUGUUUAUAUUUAGUUCAAUAUUGAAUUGUAUUUAAUUUUCUAGGAUGUUUUAAUUUCAUUUACAUUUUCUAUUAAGAGUGAAGUUGCUACAAACAAGAGCUAUUGAGUGAAAUGAUUGUAAUAGUUGUGAUUGAGAUUAAGGCUAUCAGUGAAAUUGUUUUAUUUAAUUUUUUUAAUUUAUCCAUGAAAUUUUUGUUGUUUAUAAAGCUCAUUAUUUUCACAAACAUUGCUUUAAAAUGUGUAUCUCCCAAGAUAUUCAUAUGGAUACAGUCUUCUUCUUUUAUAUAGAAACAACUUUGGUGGCAUGCCUCCUGGAUAAGUGGGCAGGGAGGAUUGUAUAUAAAGAUUGACCUCUGUUAACAUGUAGAACCCUUCAGCCUCAUGUAGCAAGGCUUGGCUGAUAUUUAAUAGCAUACAUUGCCAGGUAGAUUUCAUAGACUUCUUACAUUGUUAAUGUUGACUCAAGCAGUUGGAACAGUCAAGUUACUUUUCAGAUGAAAUCGUUAAGGGUUACAAAUCAAAGUUCUUCUUAUGUUGCUAAUAGCACUGCUUCCAUUACAUUUGGAUUUAAAAUGUAUUUGUUGUAAUUGGUGACUUAUUCUUGGUGUUUGUCCAGAUAAUAAUUUAUCUAUUUUCUUUUCAAUUUUUUGUUAUUGUAAAAAUGUUGUGUUUUAAUUGGGCUCAUUCAACUGUUUUAUCAAAAUAUAAAUAAUAAAAACACUGCCAUUGUGGGAAUAACCUGACAGCUGGGGCAGACGCCAACAGAUCAUGACAAUUAAAGAUUAUGACACAUGUGUAUGGUGCUAUGUGUUAAUGUUGCAGCACUUUGAAUUGUCCUUCACUGAGACAAAAUGGUAUCACCAACAGUAUUUGGAAACAAUUGAGAAAAAAAAAAUUGAGGUACACUACUAGUGUAAAUACAUUUUUGUUAUCAGAACUGAAAUUUUUUUUUAUUUGAAUAUUACAAACAUUAGCACACAUUUAAACUUUUUUUUUAAAUAUUUUUUUUUAUGGGAUGGUUUUCCUUAUUAAUUCCUGUUGCAAAUAUUUCUUUUUGUGUGCAACCAUUCAACAAAAGAUCUACAACUUCAAAAAAGUCAUUAAAUGCUACAGAAACAUGA